UCCAUCCCUCUGCCUCUGUCUCCUCUUCUGAAGUACUGCAGCGAGAGAGCACUGCGUCUGGGAGGGGUGGGGGGGAAAUCACGUUGUGCACUUCAUUUACGUCGGAUCCACUUCUUUGUUAAAGAAAUACCCGGGAGAUUUAUUCAAGAUGUAUCCAACAAUGGGUUUUAGGAAGCUCUAGCUACUUUUGUCGCCAUAAAUGAAGACCUAGUGAGCUGACCAUUCCCAGUGCAAACCUGUCCUUCUUCUUCCCUGUGUACCAACUGCUUUAGCCAGGAUGGAGGACACUUACAAUAACAGGACUUCCCUGGUUAAAGGGGCCAAGGAUAUAGUCAAGGAGGCAAAGCGGCAGGCGACAAAGAAGGUCAUCAAGGUGGCGGACCGCGCUGCCGAUGAGUAUAAAUCCCACCACAACUAUUCACGAUUUCAGGACGAUGAGGAUGACGACGAUGAGGAUUUCUAUAGGAAUCCACCUAGGCAAGAUGGGGAGGGUUACCAUGACAAUGACGAAGGCUCUAGUGAUGCCACGGAGGGUCACGAUGAUGAGGACGAGAUCUACGAGGGCGAAUACCAGGGGGUUCCCUACACAGGCGACAGAAAGCAUAAGGAGGGCCAAGUGGCUCUUGGGCAACCGAUGUCGGACGCAAUGAGGGACAGAAAAGAGCUGGAGCAGGAACGACAGGCUGAUGAGGAGGAGCUGGCACAACAGUACGAGCUCAUCAUCCAAGAGUGCGGCCACGGGAGGUUCCAGUGGCAGCUGUUCCUGGUUCUCGGACUGGCCCUCAUGUCAGAUGGCGUUGAGGUGUUCGUGGUGGGCUUUGUGCUUCCAAGCGCCGAAACAGACAUGUGUGUACCUGACUCCAGCUCAGGAUGGUUAGGGAGCAUUGUUUACCUGGGGAUGAUGCUGGGCGCAUUCUUUUGGGGAGGAAUGUCAGACAAAGUUGGCCGAAGACAGUGCCUCCUCAUUUGCAUGUCCACAAACGGCUUCUUCGCCUUCCUGUCGUCUUUUGUCCAGGGUUACGGCGUCUUCCUUGUUUGCCGCAUCGCCGCAGGGUUCGGGAUAGGAGGUGCAGUGCCCAUUGUCUUCUCUUUCUUUGCAGAGGUUUUAUCGAGGGAGAAAAGAGGAGAACACCUGAGCUGGCUGUGUAUGUUUUGGAUGAUUGGCGAGAUCUACGCAUCCGCCAUGGCUUGGGCCAUAAUACCGCAUUAUGGAUGGAGUUUCAGCAUGGGCUCAGCAUACCAGUUCCACAGUUGGAGAGUGUUUGUGGUCGUCUGUGCUCUGCCUUGCGUGUGCGCCGUGGUCGCACUUACCUUCAUGCCCGAAAGCCCCAGAUUUUACCUCGAGGUGGGGAAGCACGACGAAGCCUGGAUGAUCCUCAAACAAAUCCACGACACCAACAUGAGAGCGCGUGGGCAGCCGGAGAAAGUCUUCAGCGUUAACAGGAUAAAGAUCCCCAAGCAGCUUGAUGAAUUGAUCGAAUUGAAGUCGGAAUCCGGGAAUCCAGUUUCCAAGGCUGUUUUCCGGAUGAAGGCUGAAAUCCACGGGAUCUACCUGAAUCUCAUGAAGUGCUUCAACUACCCAAUGCGAGAAAAUAUGAUGCGACUCGCCAUAGUUUGGUUCACGCUGUCUUUCGGGUAUUACGGUCUGUCUGUCUGGUUCCCUGAUGUCAUCAAACACCUCCAGGCAGACGAAUACGCCUCCAAAGUGCAAAUUCACAACAACGAGCGCAUCGAAGACUUCACCUUCAAUUUUACCCUAGAGAACCAAAUACACAAAAACGGACUUUUCAUCAACGAUCGAUUCACCAACAUGAAACUCAAAUCCGUCACCUUUGUUGACUCCACCUUUCGCAACUGCUACUUUGAAGACGUCACAUCGGUGGGAUCCUAUUUCCAUAACUGUACUUUCAUCGACGCAUUCUUCUUUAAUACAGACAUUGACGACUCAAAGCUGCUCGACGGCACCGAGGUGGUCAACAGCACAUUCACCCACAACAAGACCGGAUGCCAGAUGACAUUUGAUGAUGAUUACAGCGCCUACUGGGUUUACUUCAUCAACUUCUUGGGUACCUUGGCCGUUCUACCGGGGAACAUCGUGUCUGCUCUUCUCAUGGAUAAAACAGGCCGUCUGUCCAUGUUAGGUGGCUCCAUGGUGUUGUCGGGCAUCAGCUGCUUCUUCUUGUGGUUUGGCACCAGUGAAUCCAUGAUGAUUUUCAUGCUUUGCCUUUACAAUGGCCUGAGUAUCUCUGCCUGGAACUCUCUGGACGUGGUCACGACUGAAUCUUUUCCCACUGCCAGGAGAGGAACAGGCUUUGGAUUCUGCAACGCCCUGUGUAAGAUGGCUGCAGUAUUGGGGAACCUGAUUUUCGGUUCUCUGGUUGGCAUCACAAAAGCCAUCCCCAUCCUGAUGGCAUCAUCGGUUCUAGUGGGGGGAGGUCUGGUCAGCCUUCGGUUGCCUGAUACCAGGGCAAAUGUCCUCAUGUAAUACCAGCUUCAUAGUACAACGGGGCUAAGAGAUCAUUUGAGAAAAGAGUUCAAGCGGCUUGGAUCUUUCAUGUAGUGGAUGUAAAAAGUCGACGCUAUGCUAUGAUUUUUGUGAUGUAAAAAAAUGAGACUAAGCUAUGACAUUUCAAAGGUUUUUUCCACCAUUCAUGUCAAUAACCUGUGCAACUCCAUUGACAAAAAGGAAUAGUGUAGAGAGGGGAGGUAAAAAUAAAAGAUAGACAUGAUCAAAAAAUAAAAAAGAUGGGAGUCGGCAGCGACCUGCAUCUACAGUAUUUAAAAUGCUUCUGGUUUACCCCAAAUAAAUUUCAAGUCUUCAAGUAGGCUUUUCUUUUUUUGUAGUCACAUCUUAGCGCACCAGCAGUGUGCCGCAGAGAGCUUCCACAGCAUUUUUCGAAGCUAUCAGGCUAGAAACGGGUACAAAAGAAUUUUCCAAUGAAGGCAUUAAUUAUACAAUAAAACACGCGGAAGAUCAUCUACCAGUGGAUAAAAUAUACCACAUCAAUUGAACUGGUUUUCCCUUCAAGGUUGUUGAAAAGGCAAGAAGAAAAUGUGUCAGGAAAGCUGCCGAGAGGCUGACAACAACCUUGAAGAGGCUGCAGAAAUGUCCCAAAUGCUCGAACUUUCUGACAAUACCGGAAGUUGAGUUUAGCACAAACACAGCUCAUCACCAAAACUUUUCUUCACAUCAGGGUUAGGGUCAUUGCCGAGGUGGAAGGAAUUAUGAACAGUUCCUAACACCGGUCAGUGUUAGUGUUACCUUUAAGAAAGCAAAUGUUGUCAGGAAAAGAACUAGAACAGCUGAACUUUAUUUGGAUAAUCAGCGGCACUUUAAAUGGUGUCAUUUGGGUUUUGACUGCAAUUGAACAUGAGUUUGAAAGUGACUGGUUAAUUCUACACAAAGCCACAUCACCAGUUGCACCAGAGGGUGUA